UUAUCAAAAUUUAAAAGUAUUAAUUUGUGAAAAUGUCUUUGGAAAAUGUUGAGAACUUAACUGAUAUUGAAUUACGUCAAAAGUUGCUAGAAUAUGACUUCCCGAAUGUUCCCAUAACAGAAACGAGUCGCGGUUUCCUUGUGAAAAAGCUUAAAAAUCAUAUAAAAAAUAUGAAGAAUCGAAAGGUGCCAACACGAACAUAUAUGACGCUGCGCGCCAAAGAGGAGCUGAAUAAUUUGGUUACUAAAGCACAUGACUGGAAUCAUCAAAGCCUCCAGAGUAGCGCACUACUCAGCGAGGAGCAUACAGCAAAUGCUGAUCCGGAACUGUACAGUAUCGCAAAUAACGAUAAUCGAAUGGCCGAUCAAGUACGAUUCCUUUUACCGAAUCCUUUAUUUGAGCAGAAUGUAAGGAAUAGCAUUCAAUUAGCAGAUCCACAACUCAGUUUAGCUAACAGCAGUCCAUACGGAUACCUCACUAUCCUUUCUAAAGUUCUCGGCUUGAAAGACAAUUACACCAACAGCGUUUGGUGGGCCUUUACAUUAUUUUUCCUAACCAUAACUUUUAUGUAUAUGACGAAGAUUGCCGAUUUCUCAAAGAAUAUCAAUGAAGGAAAUACCAAUUAUGUAAUCUGUGACAAGCUUAACUCUCCAAGUCCGUUUUUGCGACCACCAUACAUCUGUAUAGAAAAGGAACGUGUGGAACCAGCAUUAACAAUUGUGCGCCAGCUAAUGAUGCAGCUAAAAAAACCAUCGGAACGAAAUUACUGCUACGACCGAAAACAAACGAAAGCUAUUAGCGUGACCGAACUUAUUAGACAAGAGCUUAAAGGGGGUAAUUUAGUGGAUAUUCGCAAUUUGAAAGCAGCUCAGUAUCUCAUAACUUGCAAUCCCCAAUGGAAGAUAGACAUGGUUGAUGAUAAAGGAGAUCCCGUUAUAUUUAUUGGAGUUGACAAUGUAUUAGCAAAUCAUAAUAUAUUUUUUGUUCUGAAACAGCCUGAGAUAUCUUUGACAUGCCAUUUGUACAACAUAGCUUACCGAUUCAUAAAUCUCGGUGGCAAUCUAUCGCUCCUGGUGUGUGCCCUAAUAUUGCUUUGUUUUCCAUAUUUCUAUGUACGUCGCAUACAAGAACAACAUCUGCAGGCUGUGCACAGAUUCAUUGACAAGAUUAUAGAGGAACUGCAGAAUCGUGCAGCAAAUAGCGAAAGUUCAGAAGGUCGCGAAGUUGAUGUGAAUCAUUUAUGUGAUCAAUUGAUACCAUCCAGCAAACGAAAAUUUGAAAUUAGAUUCUUUAAUGAGGCUUUGAAGGAGUUGGAGGUAAGCGACAAUCGAGUGCGAUUUGACCUGACGGUGCGUGACGGUCAGGAAUGCCGCACUAUAAGUUGGAUAGAUUACAGCGACGAAUUACUAACAGGCAGUCCUGCUGGACACAGGGAGGGAUUAUUUAAAGCAGAAACUAGCUGCUGAAGUUUGAAUUUUCCACAGCAUUUCUUUGUUACGUUUGAA